UACCGAGAAUACUGUGACUUCAGGAAGGGUCUCCUUUGACUGUUUUACAAUGGGUGGAAGGAUAUUGUGGAAAGCUGUGGAAGGUAGAUGAGGCUAGGCAAUAAUUGUAAGGAGUUGGGGAAAAGAUGAUGAAGGUAAGGAUGUAUGGGAGGAAGUCUGGAUGCAUGACAGGGAAAGAGCACUAACCUAGAUAUUCUAGCAUGGGCCUAUCAGUCAGUUUCUCUUUCUGGCUUCAAUUUUCUAAUCUGCAAAAUGAAAUGUUUGGAUCAGAAUCACUAGAAGUGCUUUAAGAUUUAAAAUUCUUUUAGUUCUAUUGAUAUGUCCUGCAAAACGUGAGCUGAACCUCAACAAAUUAAAAGAAAAACAAUAACAUAGGUUGUUUUACUCUUUGUCUCAGACAUGCUGUUAAGUAUCUUGUCAAGGUUACAUAGCUAGUAGGUGGAAAGAUUCCAGCUCAGGCGUUAGGAUUUCAGAGCCCAUACUCUUUAACAGCUAUAGUAGAGUACCAAAGAACUGCCUGAGUAGAAUAUUUAAAGGGCUGCUUUUCCAUCCUGGAACUUGGCCUUAAAGAUGAUGGCUAAUGCCACUAGGGUCUAGACCUGACUAUGGUCAAGUUGCCUCGACAGGUAGCUCCUUUUCUCUGUUCUAAAGAGAGAUUCUUCAUUUAUAGCCCUUUUUCUAACAAAAAAGAACCUGAGUUUUGCAGAGCCCUUAAGAAGCUUUCCCACCAGAUCUGAAACACUGACAGAACCAAAGACCCCACAUGCCUACAAGAGGCUUUCUGGUGUCACCAUCUGGGUUCUCAACCCUUUCUGGUUCACACAUGUUACCGAGCACCCGUUUGCAUAUUUAAUUAACAUCUUGCCAUAUUUUCUUUCAUUCAGGUCAGUGAGAUACUGAGGAAAGAGAGAAAAAAAAAAGAAUGGGUUAAAAGCAAGCUACAGAUCAAGAGACUCCUGCAGGGUUAGAGCAUGUCCUUCAGGCAAAAGUCUCUCGACACCCCCUGUCUGACACUUUAGUGCUUCUCUCUUUUCAUCCCUUCGAGGUCCGGAAGUAAGGCCACUACCCUACCGUAAGACUAGGUAAGUAGAGAAGAACGAAGACAGGGCCGCAAGGGGGCUGCGGCUAAACCUUUGGCUCCUACAAGCCCGGACUUCCUAGACCCCUUCGCAGAAGGGCGGAGCGUACGCUCAGCGGCCAAUCCCCGCGUCCGCACGUCGCCGUAGCUCCGCCUCGUCGUGGUCCCUCCGUUCCGCCCUUACCCGAAGGGGGUGGUGCGGCGGCGGCGACGUCAGUGCUAGGAGACCCCAGGGUGGCGGCUGCGCCGUAGGCGUGCCGCGGCCUGGACGCGCUGCGGGGAGGGGCGGAGCCGGCGGGCGGGAGCGCGCGCAGGGCCCGCCUUGGCCGCCGCCGCCGCCGCCGCCGCCGCCGCCGCCGCUGGGGUAUGGUCUGGGCGGCAGCGGGCGGCCUCGGCUAGGCUAGCGGCUGCAAGCCACUUCUGCGGCUGCCCAGAGGAGCAAAGGUCGCCAGUCCCGUGUCGUCCCCCUCUCCGCCCCCCAGGAGGGGCGAGAGGGCGCCGCGGCUGAUGUCAGGAGUUGGAGGUUGCUGUGAGCUGUGUGAUUCCACGGCACUCUACCGAGGGCUAUAAAGUGAGACUCUGUCUCUAUCAAAAAAAAAAAAAAAAAAAACUUUCUCUUGCCUCAUCUGCCAAAUGAACAUAGUGGAAUUCAAAAAAUGAAAUAAUGUGUGGAUAGCACCUGGCAAAUGAAAUACACUUUCGGGAAAUGGCCUCUAAAUCUUGGCUGAAUUUUUUAACCUUCCUCUGUGGAUCAGCAAUAGGAUUUUUUUUAUGUUCUCAGCUAUUCAGUAUUUUGUUGGGAGAGCAGAGCAACAACCAGCCUAAUAUUCUUCAUAAUGAUCCUCAUGCUAGGCAUUCAGAUGAUAAUGGAGGGAAUCAUCUAGAAGGACAAAUGAACUUCAAUGUAGAUGCUAGCCAACAUAAAGAUGAGAAUACGGACAUCGCUGAACAUCUCUAUCAGAAAGUUAAAAUUCUUUGCUGGAUUAUGACAGGCCCUCAAAAUCUAGAGAAAAAGGCCAAACAUGUCAAAGCUACAUGGGCGCAGCGUUGUAAUAAAGUGUUGUUUAUGAGUUCAGAAGAAAAUAAAGACUUCCCUACUGUGGGAUUAAAAACCAAAGAAGGCAGAGAUCAACUAUACUGGAAAACAAUUAAAGCUUUUCACUAUGUUCAUGACCAUUAUUUAGAAGAUGCUGAUUGGUUUAUGAAAGCAGAUGAUGAUACAUAUGUCAUCGUGGACAACUUAAGGUGGCUUCUUUCAAAAUAUGACCCUAAAGAACCCAUUUAUUUUGGGAGAAGAUUUAAGCCCUAUGUAAAGCAGGGCUACAUGAGUGGAGGAGCAGGGUAUGUACUAAGCAAAGAAGCCUUGAAGAGAUUUGUUGAUGCGUUUAAAACAGACAAAUGUACACAUAGUUCCUCCAUCGAAGACUUAGCAAUGGGGAGAUGCAUGGAAAUUAUGAAUGUAGAAGCGGGGGAUUCGAGAGAUACCACUGGAAAAGAAACGUUUCAUCCGUUUGUACCAGAACACCAUUUAAUCAAAGGUUAUCUACCCAGAACCUUUUGGUAUUGGAAUUAUAACUAUUAUCCUCCUGUAGAGGGUCCUGGUUGCUGUUCUGAUCUUGCAAUUUCUUUUCACUAUGUUGAUUCUACAACUAUGUAUGAGUUAGAAUACCUCGUUUAUCAUCUUCGUCCAUAUGGUUAUUUAUACAGAUAUCAGCCUGCCUUAACUGAAAAUAUACUAAAGGAAAUAAGUCAAGCAAACAAAAAUGAAGAUCCGAAAGUAAACUUAGGAAACCCUUGAAAGAAAAACAUGAAUGAACAGAGGUAAAAUGGCUAGCACUGCACUGAAGAACUUCUGCAUUUCUGACACAGAACACUGGACUCCAGUGAGGAGUUCUAAGUGAACAUUCCAUGAAGAAAACUUCCAUAUGAAUGACUGUAAACAGAAGCUUUAAAUGAGCUGUGAAGUCUGUUAAAACGUGUUUUGAUACAGUAAUAUAUAAAUAUAUAUAUAUAUAUAUAUAUAUGAAGAACUUGUGUUUUUAAAAAGGUGGCCAGGUAGAGAGACAGAAAAGAGAUUUUGUUGCCUAUUUUUGACCAUAUAUAUUAUUGUCACUGGGAAACUAAGACAAAUUUUCUAAAACUACACAGCACCGUGUUAGUUAACACACAUGAUGCUAAACAGAUCUGCCUUAAAGAAAAUGUUAGAAAGAAGUAUUGUUGCUCAGUGUUAAUAAACUUAAAUGAGUUUGUUUUUGCAGUAUGAUAUAAAUGAACCAACCCCACACACACAAAUAGUUUUUGUCUAAUGAAAAUUUUGCUGUGAUUAUUUAUAAUUGGCAGUAUUUCUUCCAGAAGAAGGUAGAAUAAGAAUGGCACUUAUCCUAAAGUGCAUUAAUAAAACCACAUUUUAAAAUUAUCAUGGGCCUUGACUAUAUUAUGUACUUGGUUGUAAUUAGUAAUCUUUUACUGAGUCCCUGUUGUCUCUUUUCUAAAUAUGAUUAACCACUGUUGAAUACCAUUCUCUACUAUCACUGUUUACUCAAAGCAUUAAUAUUAUUCUGUAAACGUGCAUUUUAUAAUUUGUUUCCAAAUUUACUCGUUAUUAAUUAUGGGUGACUAAACUAUUAAGUAGUACAUUUAAUGCCAUUUGGGAUGCUUUUCUGAUAUCAGUGCCACUCUCAGGAAUUACUGACAUUUUUAAUUAUGUAAAACUCCAACUGCAUAAUUAUAAUUUCUUUCAUUCUCAUCCUGUUGAGAGAUAAGAACUUGUUUUGAGUUUUAAAAUUCAUUUUAGGAUCUGAGGUGGCUAUUAGUUACACUGGCAAGAUUAUUUUGAGUGCAGGAUUUUGACCAGAGUUAAGUAAAAGCAUUAGAAAAUGCAGAGGGCUUAAACUAAAAUGCCAUAUAUUAAAAGGUGAAAUAAUUUAUGAAUAACAACCUGGAGUUUGAUGCUGACUGGCUUUUAGGAUAAUUGUUUUGUCCAUGGAUAAUUCUAACACAGCAGAAUACCAAUUCAAAACUCUUGUCAAAACAUACCAGAGAUGUCUCAUAGUAAUUUGUUUAAAGAGUUUCUGGGAAGGAAAGAACAUUUUUAAUUUUUAUUGUCUUUAGCAAUACCAUCUGUAUCAUAACAGAAUAUUUUAUAGACUUUCUAUAAGAUUAUAUUUAGUGUUACAAAUGAUUUGGAUUUCCCUUAUGUUUAUCUUUAUUUUAAUUUUAUGUGGCUGUCACUCCACUAACUCUGCUGCUUAGCUAAAUAAUUUCUACUUUUUGUGCCAAAACAUGUCAAAACCUUGACUUUUAGGAUAGCAUAUUUAAGCAGAUAUUUGUUUCUUUGGUUAACUCUGUCCACAUAAUGAAAACAUGAAGCAGUUUUUACCUUUUAAAUUGGUUUUUGCUGUUUUCACCGUAACUUUGCCAAAAUUUCAAUGCAUUCAUUCUGUUCUUUGAACAACUCUUCACUGAGGUGAAGACCUGAAUUUCCAAGUAUACUACUUUUCUUUACUAGAAAUGAUUUACUAUACACAUCAAAAAACAUUUAAGAUUUACUCAUAGGAAAUAGAUGUGACAAAUCCUGAGCUUUAGAGUCAAACUGCCUGGGUUUAAAUUCUUGCUCCAUCACUUACUAUUUUUGUAACCUUGAGAAGAUUACUUAAUCUCUUUGUGCUUCAAUUUCCUCAUCUAUAAAUUAGGGGUAAUAAUACUACCUACCUCACAGGAUUUUUUUCUGAGGAUUAUAUAAGUGAAUACCUGUAAGACUCUUAGAACACUGUCACAGAAUAGGGAGCAAUAUGUAUGAGGUUAUAUUAUUAUGUUACCUUGGAGUGUAAAUAUUUCAUUUAAAUUAAUGAAAAUCUGCUUUGAUCAAAUCAGAUACUGAAGGAAAUAUACAUUUCUUAGAAUGAUAAGUAAUAGUAUUUAUGUAGUGCCUACUGUAUGCCAGGUACUGUGUUUAGAUAUUCUGUGUACAUUGACAUUAAUCCUCAUAAAUUUAGUGUUAUUUCCACAUUAUUAUGGAUGAGGAAGUGAGACUCGGAGAAUUAAAGUAACUUCCAUUGUCACAAAGCUGGUAAGUUACAGAGUUUGGAUUUAUACCCAAAGUCUGUGUGUUUAUUUGAAUCACAACAGGCUUGGCAUUAGUCAGUUAGUAUGAUUUCCGUUUUCACUUACAUGAUAUGUGACAUCUGAUACAUUGUCCAGUUAAUAGAUUAACAGACCACAUUGUCAGUGAUUUUUAAACUGUGGUUCUCACACUUGCUGACAGCUUGUUAACAUGCACCUCUAAAGACCCCAAUCCCAAAGAUUCUGAUUUAGCAUGGGUUCCAUGAAUAUGCAUUCUUACCAAAUACCCGAGGGCAGUGAUUGUCAAAGUGUGUUUCCAACAAGCAACAUCAAAUCACCUGGGAACUUGUCAGAAAUGGACCCUCUCUCAGGCCCCACCCCAGAAAUUCUAGGAACAAGGGCAAGGCUAGAAGUUGUGUUUAAGCAGGCCCUACAAAUGAGUCUUGUUCAUCCUUCUUUGAGAACAACUGCCCAACUACAUACAUGAUUCUGGAGCAAAUAGUCUAUGGAACACAAUGAAGAUUACUACCCAGUGAUUAAGGUAUUUUUCUAAAACUUAGGUAAAACUAAUGUUUUAAAUCAGUGUGAUCCAGGAUCAUACUAUACUAAAUGUAAAAUGCUUUAAAGAUAAUUUAAAGGGUUAAUGGAUCAUUCAUUUUGGCAGAAUUUUUCCAACUUCUCCAAGUGACUAACAUCAGAGCCCACAAUAAAAUCUGCAAUUUUCUAAGUUUAGUACUUUUACAUUGGGACAUGAAGGGUUCAUUAAAUACCAGUAAGUACAUACUAAUUCAGUAAAAGCAUACAUAAAUGUCAUCAAAAAUGCCCACAAUUGUUAAUUAAAACAAUUUAAGAAAUAGCAAAAUGCUGUUUUAUAACAUGCAGAACAUUUUUCUGCUAAUUCUAUCAAUUAAAAUUUUUACCACUUUCAAGGAUCAUUUGACUGUUCUUUAUGACCUAAAAAGGCAAAAAUAAUUUUUUCCAAGUAUUUAAUAGAGUACAUAAAACCAGGUAGCAUGAUGAUGAUUUAUUUACCAUCUUUGUUAUGGGCAAAGAUUUUAGGGUGGUCUCAAAAUAUAAAUGGGCUUUUGAUAUCUUUAUAUUCUCUAAUAGAAUACUUGCCUUUUCUAGUGGGAUGUUCAUAGACAACAAAGGUUUUUGUUCCAUAGUUUGUUUUCAAAUACCAUGAAUUUCAGAGUAGUUUUUGUUACUGAAUUAAUAUAUGAAAAUAAAUCACUGACCAGUUUUUUUAAAUUUUUUGGAUUUGAGCAUUAAAUUUUCUAACUGGUUAUUUUCAUAAAUGUUUGAGUAUUAAUUUUCACUUCUUUGAGCCUAUCAAACUAUAUUACCAGAUGAAGGUACUUUUGUAAUUGAAAGAAUCCCUCAAUUGAUUAGAUUGUAUAGCAUCUUAUUAAUCAUUUAAAUUUUCAGUUCAUUAGACUAUUACUCUUUGUCAGUUUCUGCUUCUUUGUAUUUAUUUUAUUUCUUUUAUGACUAAAACUUCCAUGUCUAGCUACUUUUAAUGCUGCUUUCAUAAGGUUAAUUUGGUUGUUAGUACUACAUAAUGAUUAGAAUUUCUAUCAUUUACUGAUAAUUUUAUACCUACUAAUAAGGUUUCCCUAUGAAAUUGAAAGUAAAAGUCUAUUGAAUAAUACCUUCUGGCUCUCAGGAUAUUUGUGCUGCUUAAAAAUCUACAAUUUUAAGUUAAUCCUACAUCUACAAUGAUCAAAGGAAGUAAAGUUAUAUACAUCACCCACUCACCCUUUUCUCAAAAGGCAAAACUGCUUUGCUUCAUUUCUAUACUUUACAGCAGGUCCAAUAACAUACUUAAGGAAUCUGAGAACAACCUGUGUAUAUUUUGUGCUAAAUGUUACCUCUGUUUAAAAAAAAAAAAAUGAGUUAUGUUUAUACAUCAGAGUCAAAAUAGAAAUUUUAACACAAAUUGGAAUGAAAAAAUUUACAAAUUCUCUUUAGAGAAACAACUCUAAAACUAGUUUUAGGUUUGAAUUGUACUGUAUUUCAACUCCUUUACAUCUCUAAUUUUUAGUUAUAUUAGUUGUUUGAAUAACUCUGCAGGGUCCUGCAAAUUAAUAGUCUACAUGAAGUAUAUUAUUAGAGGGAAACUAAUCUUACUGCUAAGCUGUGUGCUGUACUACUUAGUGAAUGUGUUUUGGAAUUUAAAAAUUAUUUAAGGUAAUAGUGUCUUGAAUGGUUUAAAAAUGUCUGGUGACUUGCUUAUUUUAAGUGAUCACCAUAAGUCAGAAAAAUGUAUUUUUUAAUAUUUUUUAAAGUGCCUUUUGAACAUUUUUAAACAAUGGAUUUAAAUAACUGGUAAAUAAAUUGCCAUGUUCAAAGUUG